UUCAGUGUGCAGGACAGAGGGAGGGAUGUGGACUCCAUCGGUAAAUAACCUACAGGCUAUUCGAGGUGUGUGGGCUAAUUGCAUGGGCUCAUGCCUUACCAUUUUGUCUCAGCUGCUGUAGUUGGCCAUACAGAGACUUACACUACCACAGGUCUACUGUUAAGUGCUACACAUGCCUUUUUCUGGGCAGAUGUAUGUAUAAUAUUCUUUAUCCUCUAUAGGUAACAUGUGAGAGACUUGUGCGUCGUGGAUGGUAAACUGCUAAGGAUGCAAAAUGCCUGUAUACCCAAGAAUCGAUAUAAAACAAUGCAUUGCCCAGGUGAAGCUUGUUUUACACAUAUGGAUUAAGUGAAAUGUGUGUGUGAUUGGAUGAGGGACUAGACAUCAGUACGUGUUUCCCUAAUAGUGCCUUUGCUUGCAAGAUGGUACCAUUUGUUCAAUCCACUGCUAUUGUAACUGAGAUUCUUACAAUGACCUGCAUUGCUGUGGAGAGACACCAGGGGAUUGUGCAUCCACUAAAAAUGAAGUGGCAGUACACCAAUAAAAGAGCUUUCACGAUGCUUGGCAUAGUCUGGUUGCUGGCGCUUAUUGUUGGGUCACCUAUGUGGCACGUGCAACGUCUUGAGGUUAAAUAUGACUUUCUAUAUGAAAAAGUAUAUGUUUGUUGCUUGGAAGAAUGGGCCAGUCCAAUUUAUCAGAAGAUCUAUACAACCUUUAUUCUUGUUAUACUCUUCCUUCUUCCACUGAUGUUGAUGCUUUUUUUGUACACUAAAAUUGGCUAUGAGCUCUGGAUUAAGAAACGAGUGGGAGAUGCUUCAGUUCUUCAAACCAUUCAUGGGAGUGAAAUGUCUAAAAUAUCAAGGAAGAAGAAGCGAGCAAUUGUUAUGAUGGUGACAGUGGUGUUUCUCUUUGCAGUCUGUUGGGCCCCUUUCCAUGUGAUUCACAUGAUGAUGGAAUACAGUAAUUUUGAAAAGGAGUAUGAUGAUGUGACAGUCAAAAUGAUCUUUGCAAUUGUCCAGGUUAUAGGAUUCUUCAAUUCUAUUUGCAACCCGAUUGUGUAUGCCUUCAUGAAUGAAAACUUCAAGAAAAAUUUUUUGUCUGCUAUCUGCUUUUGCAUUGUCAAAGAAAAUGCAUCACCGACCAGGCAACUUGGGAACUUGGGGAUUACUAUGAGGCGGCAAAAGGCAUGUGUUUCUCAAAGAGAUCCCACUGACUCGGAUGAAGCGAGGAGGGAGGCAUUCAGCGAUGGCAACAUUGAAGUCAAGUUCUGUGAUCAGCCAGCUUCAAAAAGGAACUUGAAAAGGCACCUUGGCUUAUUCAGCUCUGAGUUUACUGUGCAUUCUGCAUUAGGAAAUGGACAGUAGCAUUACAAAGGCUUUGAGAAUGGAAAAAGCAUUCUCUUUAUGUUAUAACUUUCAAUAAGCCAUUUAAAAUACUUUUCUACUUUGCAUGCUGAAAUGAGGUGAAAAAUAUUUUGUAGAUUAUGAUGAUGUUGGGAUAACGGUUGAGAGAACGUAAUGUUUUAUAAGGAUGAGGAGUUUGGAAAACAA